CGACAUAUUCUUCAUCAUGGCACGAAACGUAUUGGCCAAGGAUCAAUUUGUUAAGCUCAUUGUUGGAGCUGGUCAGGCCAGUCCCAGUCCCCCUGUUGGUCCGGCUCUGGGAAGUAAAGGUGUUAAGUCCAUGGACUUUUGCAAGGAAUUCAAUGCCCGCACAGCUCACAUCAACACCGGUGUUCCCAUCCCCGCGCGUGUCACUGUCCGUCCUGACCGAUCCUUCUCCUUCGAACUCCGCACCCCGACUACCACCUACCUCCUACUCAACGCGGCCAAUGUCGAACCCCGGAAGAACCGCCUGCGUGGUGCCAUGAACCCUGGCCACGAAGUUUGUGGCAAGAUCUCCCUCAAGCACGUUUACGAGAUCGCCAAGCUCAAGCACACCGAGACCCGGUUAUCAGGCUUGUCCCUGGAAGGAUUGUGCAAGAGUGUCAUAUCCCAGGCCAAGUCCAUCGGUAUCCAGGUCAUCCCCUGAAGAUCACAAGGACAAUAAACUUGUAUAAUUAUUGGUCAUUCCGGUAGUGCUCCCAGGGGCCUACUUGUUUUGAUUUGGAACCUUUUACUGGGCGUUUUCUGCGAAAUUGGAGGCAUCUUCUUCCUCCCGUUGUACGAUACCGAUUAUUAUUAUUUUUUCUCCA